AUGCCGCCGUCACUGCUGGUACCCUUCGUGCGCACGCUGCCGCUGCUGCUGCUCUGGGGCCUGGGGGGUUCGGGGGGUCUCGGGGCCUCUGACACGGACGCGAACUCGACUUCUCCCGGGGACAAUGGGCUCGCCGCGGCCGCAACAGAAGCUUCAUCAGCGGAACCUCCGUUUAUCCUGCGGGUCCUGCUGAGGGACAGCGUGUCUCGGGCCCCUCUGUCAGGGGCCUCAGUGGACGUGUACGUAAACCACAGUCUGAGGAGCUCGGUGCUGACGGGCCCCAGAGGAGACGUCCUGCUCUGGGUCAGCUACAAUCCUGCAGAGAGCCUGACCCUGGUGGGGCACAUGGAGGGGUACCCCCUGCCCCUGCCCUGGAGCUCCGCCCGCAGACCACUGUUCUCAGCGAUGACGUUAGCGCUCCUGCCUCAGAGCCAAGGAAACAUCUGGCUGUAUGAAGACUCAGUUCUCAUCACAGGGAAGUUACCUGACAGCUCAUCAGAGCCGAGGGUCAAGUUCCCUAAAAACCUCCUCUCCCUCUCUGACUCCACGAACAUCUCCUCAGUGACAGCUUAUCUCACAGUCCCACAGCGCCCUCUGGCCAAGGACUGCAGCAACUGUACACCAGGUGUCAUUAGCAGCAAAUCAGCCCUGCGCAACCUCGACCUGAGGCCAGUGGCCGCGGUCAGUGUGCUGCUCUACUCUGGAGAGGAGCAGCUCCAGAUCCGAGGGCCUAUCCACAUCAGCCUGCCCCUGGGUCCUGACACCCGCCUGAGGGCCGCAGACACUGUGCCUGCAUGGGCCUUCAACAGCAAGACCGGGGCCUGGGAGAACCAGGGUCUGGGGAUCGUGAAGAGCACUGGCUCCGAUCUGAUCUGGACCUACACAGCGUCCCAUCUGGGAUACUGGCUCGCUGCCCCUCUGCCCUCCUCACAUGAUUACCUUGGAGCAGGUAGCUCCCUGGACUUCCUCCCCCAGCACACUUACCUCCUGAUGGGGGUACUGGCUGGGACUCUGGCCAUAGUGGUUGGUUUUCUGUCUGUGCUGCUUUGUUACUGCAGAGGGUCGAACAGAGCGCCCCGGAGGAGAGCACGCUUCUCCAAACUGACUGUGGUGAAGAAAGACCAGACCACUUCCACUCACCUAGAGGAAGGCCUGCUUUCCUGUGACCCCUCCAGCACCCCCAGGCACAAGGUCAACUAUAACAUCUAUGUGGAAGAGCCUCUAGGCCACUCUGGAACCUCCCUGUAUGAGAACAUCAAGCCCUCUCAGCCCCCACCCCACUACAUCAACAGUGAAGAGGUGGCUCGGCUUCGGAACAAGGUCGAGCAGAACCGGGCCAAUAUGAACACUGAAGACUUCUUCCCGGAUAAGCUGGUCCACCUGUACAACCAGCCUGUGGCCAUCAUCCAGGCUCCAGAGCUGUUUGGUGCCCAGGACAUGGGCUGUAAGGCAGCCACGUUCCCCCGCAACGGACUGGAUGAGGCAGAGAACAAGAGCAACACCCAGACCCUGCCCAAAGGAGGAGGUAGUCCCCAGCAGAGCAGCCAAGAUGACCCCCAGCCUCUGGAGGUCCCUGUGUCCGGCACUGGCCCUAAUGCUAAUGUUCUGUGGAGCCGCUACAGCAACCUGCUCGAGUCAUCGGUGUCAGUGCCUGGGACUCUGAACGAGGCCUUUGGCGGAGGCCCCGGGGACCACAGUGAACUUCAGGGGAUCUCAGAGCGAACCCUCCUGGAGCUGACGCGGGGCAAGACGUCAGUGCCCCUCCCCAGGGCCUGGUUUGUGUCCCUGGAUGGAAGGCCCGCUGCACAAGUGCGUCACUCCAUCAUCGAGCUCCAAAGCCGAGCGCGCCCUCCCAGCAGCAACGACACCAGCCUGGACUCAGGGGUGGACAUGAACGAGCCCCAGCACCGGCCCUCGGUCAAAGCCUCCUCAUUGUCCCACCUGGGCCGCGGUCGCUAUGGCGACGAGCAGGACCUGAGCAGCAGUGAGAGCGGCACCACCACAACCUGCACCCCCGAGGACUCCUCCCUCAGGAACAUCCUGGACAGCAGCAGCAUCACCAACAUCCCCGAGGAGAGGGACGGCAUGGACACGUCCAGCGCUCAGGAGGACAGUGAGUCCAGAGGGACACCACCUCCACGCCGCCUCAGGAAGGUCAGGGACAAGGCCAAGAGUGACAAGAGAGGGGCCAAACACGUCCGUGAGGCACGGGCCCUCAACAAACGCAGUUAG